AUGGACAUAGCUUAUCCUUAUUCUACAGAUAUUCAACAAGAAGAUAGUCUGUCUGAUGAAAAGUCUUGUGAUGAAGAAAUAACAGAAUUGAAAAGUUCUUGGGAGAAGUGUUUAAGUUCACUCCCAAAAGAACAAAGAAAAUUAAUUAAAGCCUACGUUCAAUAUAAGUCUGAAAAGGUAGCUAAGAAAAUUAUUAAGAAAUAUUUAAAAGAACAAAGAGUUGGUACUGAAAAAGAAGGUGAUGACUUUAUUGAUGAAGAAUUGUUUGAUGAAAGUUUAAAAUAUAAGAAGUAUCUUUCAAAGAAAGAAAAAAAAAGAGAAAAGAAAAUGUUGAAAAAAAGUAAUAAGAACAUGAAAUAUCCUAUGUUUAAUUGUUACCAAAAACCUUAUCCAAUUGUAGGACCAAUGCUUGUUCCACCUCCAAUCUAUUAUCCACCACAACCAUUCUUCCCACAACAAAAUCCUAAAUAUUAUAAAUGUAAUUACUAUCCUCCAUCACCUUACGGAAUUCCACCAUCAAAUGUACCAUCAAACGUACCACCUAAUGGCUAUCCAUCCAUUCCACGAUAUAGUCAAAAAUAA